CAAAAAAAAAAAAUUAAGGACACACCAAGAAAUGACACGUGUCAUUGCCACCCCCAUUUAUUUAUCAGACCCAUAUCAUAACUAUGGCGGGUCAUGGCUUUUAAAGGCCUCCAUUCCUAUUUCCUACCUCUCUGAGUUAUUUCAUCGAAGCGCACUCAACGUUCUCCAUUGAAGCGUUCUCCGUAGAAUCUAAUUCUUGUAUCCCCCAUUGAAGCAGCUUCUAAGGUUGAGCGAUGGCGACGGGGAUAAUUCAAGCUUAAGUUUUCCAUAUUAGGAACAAGGAUUAUCAUUUGGGUUUUGCGAAACAUGUAGAUUUUGUAAAGAUUUCAAGUAUCAAGAGGGUUAAGCCUUCAAGAAGUAAAUUUUCGGUGAUUAAGAGUUCGAACCAGGGAUCUGAUAUUGCUCAGGGACGGGCCUGAUUGAAAUUGAUUUCUGAUUAUGGAUAUUUAUGGAGAAAACCCUUUUGAAGGCACAUAUAUUAAAGUGACAUGGACGAUUCUUCUGAUCACGAUCAAGAUUUCUCCGACGAUGUAGGUAAUCCUAAUGGUGAUUCUUCUGAUCACAAUCAAGAUCACUCCAACGAUGUAGGUAAUCCUGGUGGUAGUCCUAAUGAUGAAAAUGUUACACCACCUCCCGAGUUGGAAGAUAUAGAAAGGAUAUGUUGUAUAGGUGGAGGGAGGGUUGGAGUAUUAACUAUGAUGGUGCUUGCUCACUAUUGGCACGAUAAACAUUUCGUUGUUUUGGAUAAGGAUGUUGAGAGGAUUAAUGAUAUGAAUGGUAUAAAUGCUGCAAAUGAAAGAGUUAUGCCUUUUUCUGAGCCUGAUAUGGAUUUAUAUCUUAACGAAGGUAUUGACAGAGGGAAUCUGCAUUUUAGCUCCAACAUUGAUCAUGAACUUGAUCUAUGUCAAAUGGUUUUCAUAGCAGUUGAUAUACCUCUUAAGAUGAAGCCCAAAGUACUCAAGAAUGACUUGGACAUCAACAAUUUUGAAGAUGCUAUCAAGAGUAUACUACAAUCAAUAGAUAGAAUACCUGGUUAGAAGUGUGUAGCAAUCAAAUCUACUGUACCAGUUGACUAUAAAUCAAACAUUGCCAACCACGUUCAUGGGUUUUACGAUGCUUAGCGUCAUUACAAACCCGGAGUUCUUUUCUGUUGGUACUGCUGUUCAAGAUUUGCUACAUCCUCAGAAGGUGGUAUUAGGUGAUUUCUAUGAAGGUCAGAAUAGUUUAGCUCUCUUCAGAGAUUUGUAUGCGGGAGUGGUCAAUGUUGAUAAUAUCGAAAUCAUUGGUUCACAAUCUUCUGUGCAAAUAGGAAAGUUAUUAUCUAAUGCAGUUCUUGCAGCUCAGUUGACACUUAUGAAUAUCGGAUCUACCUUAUGUGAAAAGGUUGGCUCGAAUUUUGAUGAUGUUAGAAGCACCAUAACUGCAAACUCAAGAUUGAAUCAGGUUUUUACUAAUUCAAGACCGGGUUAUGGAGGGAUGGGUUUGACAAAAGAUAUAGAUUAUUUGGCAUAUUUGUGUGAGUAUGUAGGAAUGACAUUUGAAAAGAAGUUUUUUACCAUGAUUAGUGAAAUGAGAAGAAGAAAGAUGGAUGAGCUCGUGCAAAAUGUUUCACACAUGAUUGCAGCUUCUAAGAGUAUAGCUAUAUAUGGAUUUUCAAACAAAGUGGAUUCAGAUGACAUCAGAGAAUCACCGGCAAUUUAUAUUUGUCGAUCAUUGUUAAAGAUUAACGGUAUUCGUCUGAAAAUUUUUGAUCCAUUAGUUUCUGACAAGACGAUCCUCAAAUGCUUUGCUCCUAGAGAGAGAAAUCGAAUAUUGGUUGUUGAUAACAUAGGAGGUGCUUUUGAUGUUGAAGCAAUGGUCUUCUUAGUUGAAUGGCCAAUGUUUGCUACUAUGUUGGAGGAACAACGUGAUGAGCUAGUAAACACAAUGAGAAGGUCAUCCUUUAUCUUUGAUUGCUGUGAUUUGAUUGUCGAUGUGGAUGGUUUUGAUCAUAUUCAGAUCUACCGAUUAGGAAAACCUAAGCUCAGCGCGAUUUAAUAUGCUCGUAGGUGAUAGUGAUGAGCUUUGAUGAUUGAGAUGGUAGAUGAUGGGGGGAAGCAGGGGAUCAAAACUCCAUUUGAUGAAAGCUGACACCAAAGAAGAGGAGAGAAACACCUUUUUAGCUUUUUUUUCCUUUGACAGACUCCUUUUUAGAUUAGUUUUAAUGGUUUUGUAAUGAAAUUGAGUUAAUUUUAGUUUGAGUAUUAAAACUUUAGUAGUAUGAUUUUGCCUUGA